AUGGCACAAAGAAUUGUACCUCAACGUUUUCUUGAUCUUCAACAAAAACCACAACAAACUCUCACACCAACCAAAGGUUAUAAACAAUCGUCUCUUGUCACUCUCAAAGAAGCUGUUCAACCAGUGAAGUCGUUCUUCUGUCUGGUAGUUAUUUCAAAGUUAGAACAGAGUCCACCUUAUGAAACACUUACUUCAUCCUUGGAUGAACUGUUACCUUCAAUGAACAACUUAUCAAUUUCAGUAGAAAGGAAAUCUGAUUCGAAUGAAGAAACGAAACGAAGUGAAUCAUCCUGA